AAACACAUAGAUACAGAGAACAGAGUAGUGAUUACCAGAGGGAAGGGAGUAGGGGGAGAGUGAAAUGGGCUAAGGGGGUCAACUGUAUCAUAAUGGAUGGAAACUAAGUUUUUGGUGGUGUGCAUGCUGUAGGGUACAGAGAUGUAGAAAUACAACAUUGUACACAUGAAACUUGUAUAAUGUUAUAAACCAAUGAUACCACAAUUUUUAAAAAGUCAGUUGAACCAUCAUUUAGUCCAACAUUUAUAUCCUUUGGACCUGGUGUUAUAAAUUGGAGAUCUGGUCCUGAAAGUUCAUUUUUCCAUUACAAUACCAAAGUCCAUUGUCAAAAUAUAUAAAAAUCACAAAUAUCUGUUCUUAUAAACAUUAGAUAUUUUAUCCAAAUGGUUAAUAUAAAGUUUUGUUUUAAGUUCCUUGUGGGAGUUUUUUCCACAUGAGACUGAGGCUCUUUCAAAAUAUAAAUACUACAAGUUUUAUGGAUGUGCUCUCCUGUUUCUGAAAUCUUGAUAUUGUUAAAAAGAAUGAGAUAGCUCUUCCUUGGCAGUGUCUGCGGAGGUGGCGGCCAUCUUCUACUUGGCAUCAUGGCCACCCUCAUGAAGCCCAAGAUUGUCAAAAAGAGGACCAAGGGCUUCCCUGGUGGCGCAGUGGUUGCGCGUCCGCCUGCCGAUGCAGGGGAACCGGGUUCGCGCCCCGGUCUGGGAGGAUCCCGCGUGCCGCGGAGCGGCUGGGCCCGUGAGCCAUGGCCGCUGGGCCUGCGCGUCCGGAGCCUGUGCUCCGCAACGGGAGAGGCCGCAGCAGAGGGAGGCCCGCAUACCACAAAAAAAAAAAAAAAAAAAAAAAAAAAAAAGAGGACCAAGAAGUUCAUCCAGCACCAGUCAGGCCAGUAUGUCAAAAUUAAGUGUAACUGGCAGAAACCCAGAGGUGAUGGGAGCAACAAGAAAACAAAGCACAUGCUUCCCAGUGGCUUCCGGAAGUUCCUAGUCCACAACAUCGAGGAGCUUGAAGUGCUGCUGUGCAACAAAUCAUACUCUACUGAGACUGCUCACAAUGUCUCCUCCAAGAACUGUAAAGCCUUUGUGGAGAGAGCAGCCCAGCUGGCCACCAGAGUCACCAAUCCUUGUGCCAGGUUGUGCAGUGAAGAAAAUGAGUACACAGCUCAUGUGCACGUUGUAUUUGUGUCAAUAAAACCAUAAAACUCAGACAAAAAAAGAGUGAGAUAGAUCUGUAUAAGCUGUUUUGCAAACACCUCUAAAGAUAAACGAUGAAGUGAAAAAGGAAAGUAG